GGCCGGGCGGGAAGGGACGCGGCGCCGGGAAACGGGGGAUUCCUGAGGGAAGCGCUGAGCCUCCGGUGUGACGGGCCGCGUGUUGUUAGCGCUGUGUUUUCCACGGGACGAGCGGCCGAUACCCGGGCGGAUGGAGCGAACGCACCGGCUGGAGCUGUUCCCUGAGCGCAGCGUCACGCUGCUCCUCUUCCAGCACGUGAAAAAUGCCGCUGCUCUGCGGAAAAAAGCCAUGGAAGGGUCCAUUGACGGAGCACUGAUAAACCCUGCGAUGAUUGUAGAUCCUUUUCAGAUUCUUGUGGCAGCCAACAAAGCCGUGCAUCUACAGAAGAUAGGUAAAAUGAAGACCAGAACACUCUAUGCAGAAAUUAUUUUCAGCCUUUCACCAAGCAACAAUAUUUCAGAUGCUUUUAAAAAGUUUGGCAUUUCAGACAGCGACACAGCAGUACUCAUUGUACUCGUGGUGGAUGGAGACAAGAAUGUAAACCUGGCAGAUAUAGCAUCUCAGGUGGAAGGCCAGCAGGUUUCCCUAGAUGAACUCCCCCAGCUAACAGACAUUGCCAAAGUUAAAAAGAUGUACAAAGUUACUCCACAGGAAGAAAAAAUCGGAACCUUAUUGGAUAGUGUUGUUUGCAGAAUGUCAACAAAAGAUGUUUUGUGAAAAGGUGGAAAUAAAUUUCACAGGAAG